AUGGCACCAAGACGGUAUACGUCAUCUGGUCAGAACCAACCCGUGAUUGUCGAUAGACAACACCAGCACCAACAUCAACAUCAGCAACAAAACUGCGACGUGCGGACUACAGACACCGUCAUUGUAGGCAACGGCCCAUCCGCCUUAUUUCUCAGCUAUCUCCUCCAUGGCAAUAUCCCCACAUAUGACACCUCAGUCCAUGGUCCUCACCCUGAUCCUGUCCUACACUCAAAGCUCUCACAGCUCGGCCCCGAUAGAUCCCUUUAUGAUGCACUCGAAACCCCGAGAUCAAUCGAGGAACUCACGGAACAUUUCCCAGACUCAGCAUACAUGUCUUAUUCAAAUCAGGCACUCCCAAUUAAUGUUCUUUUAGACACUUUAAUCCAGCCCAAUGCAGAUACAGAGAUUGGUGAAGCAAGAUCCAGAAUAAAAUGGGAACGAAAUAGCAGCCGCCGGGUCGACCACCUCGUACUCGGAGAUGCCGGGAAGGCUGGGGGACAAUGGGCCGAGGAUCCCAUUGGGGCGAAUAGAGACUGCGAGACUCUAAGUUAUGCUGAAUUGCUAUCAUUGCCUGGAUACUCGUUCCGGGAGCACUAUAAACGAACCCAUAGAAGACCAAUGCCCGAUUUAAUUCGUCCUACACGACGGGAAGCCGCCAGCUAUUACAGCGCUUACCCAAAGGCCGUCGGAAUAUCGUCAGAAGUGUUUACCUCUGUCCAUGCGCAACGUAUCUCACAGCGGCCAGGCGGCGGGUUUACACUCCGAGUACACCGCCGGGGCUCGAACUCUAACAACAAACAACAUCAUGAUGUACAUAUGACCAUUCACUGCACACACCUGGUCCUGGCGACUGGAAUAUACUCCAACGUUAUACCCCCACCGCCCAUCUAUCAGUCACUAAUGUCACUCACCACACCUUCGCCCUACGCAGCCUCAAAUCCCCCAAUGCUAGUGGUUGGCUCCGGUUUUACGGCUGCAGAUGUCAUGAUGGCUGCGAAGAAGGCGGGGAGAAAAGUAAUACAUAUCUAUAAAUGGAACACCUCGCGGCCUUCCCCGCUAAAAGGGUGCCAUCCGACGGCGUAUCCCGAGUAUGCGGAAAUAUAUAGACGGAUGAAGUCGAGCGUAGCGGCGACAACGUCACCGCGAUCAAAUCAGGUCACAGAUGGUGAAUACGAGGGUUUCCCGAAUGCACAGGUUAUCAACACACACCCGGAUGGCCGAAUCCGGAUCUUGACCAUAGACGGCGAGAUAGUAGAGCGGGUAAUCGACGAAUUCAAAUACUGUGUUGGCCGGCGUGGAAGCCUUGAGUACCUAUCCCCAGAGCUACGGAAGGCUGUGGGUGUUGUGGACGCAGGAUGGAUCUCUGGAGACACGAUGCGAUGGAGGGUAGAGGAAGACCUGGAGAUUGUGAAGGGUGUGUUCGUUGUGGGGAGCCUAACGGGUGACAGUCUGGUGCGCUUUGGGUUCGGCGGAUGUGCUUAUGCUGCUGGGAAGAUAAGCAGCGACGUGAAGCGAGGGGAUGAGGCCAGGGGCAUCAAGAGGAAAGAUGAAGAGGGGUUCGAAAAUGGGAUUUCCACACCUGAGCGACAGGGGCAUGGCAUAACAGGGUAG